UAAUUCCCUGUGAGUACAAGUUUGUGUCACCCAGCAUGUGGACGUUGUCAUGUUUAUGGUGAUGGUCAUGAUGUGAAUCUGUGCUCUUUCAGGUUUACACCAGAUAUGGGAAAUGCUACACUUUUAAUGGCAACAAGAGCACAUCCAGGAAAACCAAGCAGGGCGGAAUGGGGAACGGUCUGGAGAUCAUGCUGGAUAUACAGCAGGAUGAAUAUCUGCCCAUCUGGAGAGAGACAAAUGAGACAUCCCUGGAGGCUGGCAUACGCGUUCAGAUCCACAGUCAAGACGAGCCUCCCUACAUCCACCAGCUGGGCUUUGGUGUCUCUCCAGGCUUCCAGACCUUUGUCUCGUGUCAGGAGCAGAGGCUGACCUACCUGCCCCAGCCCUGGGGGAACUGCCGCUCCUCCAGCAAAGAGAAGUUCCCAGGAUACGACAAAUACAGCAUCAGUGCCUGUCACUUGCUGUGUGAGACCAACGAGGUCCUGCGAGUGUGCAAAUGCAGGAUGGUUCAUAUGCCUGGAACUGCAGAUAUCUGCCCUCCCAGUAAAAUCAACUGUGUUGACAAAGCACUCGCACAGCUACAGAAGAACAGCGGGGACACUUGUCCCUGUGAGACACCCUGUAAUCUCACCCGCUACGGUAAAGAACUCUCCAUGGUUAAAAUCCCCAGCAAGGGCUCGGCUCGCUAUCUCUCCAGGAAAUAUGACAAGUCAGAGGAGUACAUCAGAGACAACUUCCUGGUCUUAGACAUCUUCUUUGAAGCUCUGAACUAUGAAACUAUUGAGCAAAAGAAAGCCUAUGAUGUCGCAGGUUUAUUAGGUGACAUUGGAGGACAGAUGGGCUUAUUCAUCGGAGCCAGCAUCCUGACAGUCUUAGAAAUACUGGACUAUAUCUACGAGGUGACCAAGCGCCGGCUACAGCGCCUGGUCCGACCGCAGAAAGAGGAGAAGAAGAUUCAGCAGCAGAGCAGCACUGUCGCAACAGUGGGUGUGGAGGAAAUGAAAGCAAAGGAGCCUCAUGACAUGACACGAAAUCACCCUGAGGGGGCGUACGCCAACACGAUUCUCCCCAACCACCACCACCCUCACCACCAUCACACCGGACACCACGGGGUGUUUGAGGACUUUGCUUGCUAGAGCCGGCCAUCAUUUCCAGUCCUGGUGACAACAAAAGAUAUGAGCUGUCUGUGAGAUUAAUCACAGACCCUUGGCAUAUUUGUCAUUCCUUUGCUGUCACCAGUGAAGAGCUACAGCCAAAGUCAGACACCAAAGCUGUGCUGCUAACAAACCACUUGUAUGUGCAGUAUGUAGGCACAAAUCUGGACACAGCUUUUUCUCUCUUUCUCCCUCUUUCCCAUCAUUCCCUCUCUCCCUUUCCCCCUCCCCCUCUCUGGAUUGGCUCCUUUCAGUGUUGUCCUGUGAAGUCGGGCAAUUUGUGAUUUUCAGGACCAAUUUUUGGUACAUGAUCACUUCAAGGGAACAAGUGGAGGACUGCAUGUCACCUCGAUCCAGUUUCUAUUCUCAAAAAGAAAGGAAAAAUAUGAUUUAUUUAUUUAUUUAUUCCGCUGACAUCUCUGAUUUCUUUUCUGUCUGUAUCCAUCUCCUCUCAAACGAUUGCUCCACUAUUUCAAGGGAUAAAAAAAAAAAACUAAAAAACUCUGUGCCAUACCAAGCCAUUACACAUUAUAAAUUAUGUAAUUAUUUAAAGAGAUACUAUUAUCUAUAUGUUCUAUAUUGUAUACAAGAUGAAGAAUACUUCAGUAAAGAGAUCUUAUUCAUGUUA